AUGGUACCUCCGGAGGUGGAUGAACUGAUGUUGUGCUGUGAUGGUGCGGAUCGAGGGAAUUCAGGUGUAGUGGCGCGUGAUCAUGUAGCUAAUGUACUUGGUGCUAUGAGUGUUGGUUUGGGUGUAAUGACGAAUUACAUUGCGGAAAUUUCUGGAAUUACAAUUGGUAUGGAAUGGGCGCUGCAAUGGGGCUGCUCAAAAGUUUGUAUUCGUUCUGAUUCAUUGAGUGCAGUUAUGGCUUUUAAUACUUCUACUCUUCCUUGGUUCGUUAGACAACGUUGGAGGGAGGUUUCUUCUAAUUAUGAGGUUAUUCGUUUUGAACGUACCUAUAGAGAGGCUAAUUUUUCUGCAGAUAAGAUGGCGAAAAGAGGGUGUAUUCUUCCUAGUGAGGAGGGACAACAUUAUCUUGGAAGACCUGAUUUUUUGAACUCUAUUGAAUUACCAAAUGUAUCUUAUUUUCGUUUCAAAUGA